AAUUUGCACAGCUCAUUGUUAGUCAGAAUAAAGUUGCGACACUAUUAUUAGCUUCACAAAGCGAACGAAAAGCGUUGAGGUAAACAUAACCUGAAUUAUUUUACUCCUUUAUUCAUUUUCUGCGACAGCAAUGAAGUGGUUAUCGUUGUUCUUGGUUUUCGGGCUACUCGCCUUGAUCGGCAGUAUGGGUUCGUUAGUUGUUGCCGAACCACAUCCUGAACCGCGUGGACGUCCUCCCACCACCUCACGUCGUCCCGCAACCACCGAUACUAAUGAUGCCGGUGAACGGCGCUAGCUGGAGGAGAAUGUGAGUGGUGGCGAGAGCAGCACAACGAGUGUGGAGUAUACGGAACGAAGAGAGCAUUUUAAACCGAAACCGAAACCGAUGAAAUGUGCCACACCGUUGAGGAAGGAGCGGCGUAAAAUUGUUGUGCAAUGUUAUGGUGAAGAGAAAUUGCAAUAUGUUGAAAUUGUUUUCGUUUGAGAUAGAAGAAAAAUGACAAAAUUUUUGUAUUAGUUCUCUCAAGAAUGUUAAAUAAAUUUCAUGUUUUGGAAGAGUUUCAAUUAAUUUCUAAUCAAAAAUUAUUAUACAAAUUUUAUGAUAAUUAUUAAAUAA